AUGGCGCUCAACGGGUUUCUUGUCUCGCUGCUCAGCGGAGUUGCCUCGGGUAUCUCUACAGAUCUCGUGUUCUUCCCGAUUGAUACCUUAAAAACAAGACUACAAGCAAAAGGUGGAUUCUUUGCCAAUGGUGGUUGCCACAACAUAUACAGAGGGGUGGGCAGUGCCAUUGUGGCGUCUGCACCAAGUGCUUCUCUUUUUUUCGUGACCUACGACUCAAUGAAGAUAUACUCCAGGCCAUUCUUCGAAAGGCACAUACGUUCUGAACAAGGUGCCGACACGGCGAUCCACAUGUUUUCAUCGUCCAUGGGGGAAAUAGCUGCGUGUACAGUGAGGGUACCAGCAGAAGUCAUUAAACAAAAAACGCAAACAGGGUACACGAACUCCUCAUACUUAACUUUGAAGCAAAUCUUGAAGAACCAAAAUGGUGAAGGACUGAGAAGAAAUCUGUACAGAGGUUGGUCGACCACUUUGAUUAGAGAGAUCCCAUUUACAUGCAUACAGUUCCCCUUAUAUGAAUAUCUGAAGAAGAAAUGGUCCCAGAUGGGUGCUCAGGACGAACGAUUACCGCCUUGGAAAGGUGCUCUCUGCGGUUCAGUGGCAGGCGGUGUAGCUGCUGCGUUGACCACACCACUCGAUUUCAUAAAGACUAGACUAAUGCUAAACUCCAAAACCAUACCCGCGACCCAAAUAAUCAGCACUAUUUGGAAGGAGGAAGGUGGGGCGGUCUUCCUCAGUGGGAUAGGACCCAGAACUUUGUGGAUAAGUGCCGGUGGGGCCAUAUUUCUAGGUGUCUACGAGACAGUAAAAUACAUUCUAGUAUCGUAA